AUGAAGGUCUUCGUCAUCAUCACCAUGGCUGUCUCUGCCGUCUCGGGAGCCUGUGUGCUCAAGUGCUCAAGCGGUCCCCAAGGUGGAAGCGACGUCACCAGUAGCUGUUCAGGCCAGGGUGUUAGCUGCGGCGAAGGAUCGGGUCUUUCAUGCCAGCUCUCCUACAGCACCCCGUCGCCACCGUCACAAUGUACUUUCUGCACAUGUGCGCCGCCCUCAGGGAAUUAA